AUGUCUGCCCCAAUCAACAAGGAAAAGGUUCAGGAACAAGAACAAGAGAUCCACAAGAUCAGAAUCACCUUGACCUCCACCAAGGUCAAGCAAUUGGAGAAGGUCUCUUCUAACAUCAUUGCCAAUGCUACUCAAAGUGACAUUGUCAAGAAGGGUCCCGUUAGAAUGCCAACCAAGGUUUUGAAGAUCACCACCAGAAAGGCACCAAACGGUGAGGGUUCCAAGACCUGGGACACCUACGAGAUGAGAAUCCACAAGCGUGUCAUUGACUUGCAAGCUCCUGCUUCUAUUGUCAAGAGAAUCACUCAAAUCACCAUCGAACCAGGUGUGGAUGUGGAAGUCACCAUUGCUGCUUAA